AUGGCGUCGGCUGCUCCUCCUCGCGGUCUCGCGCCAAACGCCUCUCUGCCCGCCAAAGUGCAGCCAAUCCCUCCUAAUCAGACUAUCUACAUCACAAACCUUCCCUCAGCCAAGAUACAGAAGCAAGACUUGCGGACGGCGCUCUACAUGCUCUUCUCGACGUUCGGACCCGUUCUCGACAUCGUCGCCCUCAAGACGAUGGAAAUGCGCGGCCAGGCACACAUUGUGUUUCGCGAUAUCCAGGCGGCGACGCAGGCAAUGCGGUCAAUGGACGGGCAGACCUUCUUGGGUCGUCCGAUGAAAAUCCAGUACGCCAAGUCUAAAUCGCACUUCGUGGCCAAGCUCGACGGCACAUUCAAGAUUCCCACGACGGGAGCCGGUGCCGCCACCGUGGAGCAGACUGAGCUGCAGCAGAGCAUCUUCAACGCACCCCCGCCCGGAACGGCCCCCGAAAAGCCUGCGGCACCGGCGGGCAACCAGCCUGCAAAGAACCCUGAAGCAGACGAGAACCGCGGUCAGAAACGAACUCGCGACGAGGAGGAGGAGGAGAGCGAUGAGGAUGUGGCCAUGGAGGAGGACAGCGAUGAUGAAUGA